AUGGCCUCCAAAAUAUCUCGGGAUCAGGAUUCUGAGGCUCGGAAGCAGUUCCUCGAGUACUACCUCAGUCGCGACAUUACCUCCUUUCACUCGACCUUCCGCCCUCAAAUUUCCUAUGCCCGGGCGCUCUUGGAAUUCUACCGUGCCGUCGAGUACUUGUCAGUGAAUUCGUCAACAACAUCCUAG